GGAUAGUGUACUGCAGCCUUACAUCAACAAUAUAUUGACCAAGAGAGUGAGCGGUGACCGUCUGCUCUUUAUGACCACGUCACAGCAUUUAGAAGAUCUUGGCAUACACAAAGUUGGACACCAAGAAAUCAUGCUUGAUGCCAUCAAUUUACUAUGCAAUCUGCAUUAUCGGCAGAGUUUUGAGGAUCUGCAGUCUGUCACUCUGAACCUGAACACCAGGACAAACUGUCUUACAAAGUUCCUUCAGAGUCGUAGCAGGAAUGGUAGCUAUCACACAGGACGUAACGGAACCAAUGUACCUCAGAGUAUUCCAGCCUCUGUCCUGGUGCUCAUUGCUGAGCUCAUAACGGCAGCCAAGACGGUCAUAUCCUGGCUUGACAGACCUCCAUUCGUCACUGGAGAUCACUUCUUCAAAAUGUUCAGGGAGGACAUCUUAAAAUCAGCCUUGGAUCUUACACAAGUUGGUCAACAGACAGGAUCUCUUCAACAGAUAGAGGAACGACUCCUGGAAAUUAGUAAAGAGCUAGGUGAUUUCAGUGAUAACCUGGUGAAGAAGGCAUCAGAUCCUCUCAUCAUCCAGACGGCUACCAUUGACUUUGUUUCCAUCAAGAAGAAGAGAUCGGACGAAGAAAUCGGACUGGAGAUUAGGACGUCUGCUAUCGAUGGGACACAUCUUAUCACACUAGUCAAACCAAACAGUGCCUCAGGGUCCACAGAUAGAGUUCAUAUUGGAGAUGAGAUCUUGCAAGUGAACUACCAGACAGUCGUUGGUUGGCAUCACAGCAAAGUCAUUGAAGCUUUGAAAUGUAACGUUGGAGACAUCACAUUCACUCUCAAGAAACGACCAAGACAUCUUAGCCAGCCGGGUCAGAUCCAGAGACCUAAACAGAAUCCCUUCUUGCAUCCAAGCAACAUUGGAAUCAGCUCAUUGCCAUACCGACGACCUUCAGCUGGACGCAAGAGGGUAGUUGUCAAGGACGACAUGUAUCUUCCUCAUCGGGAAGCUGAGAAGAGACAACAAGGGGCGGAGGAGGGGGAGGAAGAAGAAGAAAGGUUCGGCAUCACCAUCACAGUACCCAAGCGGAAACAAUCUUUAAAGCAGUUUAGACCCCCAGACACCCCAUCAGGGAUCCUUGAUUCACCCCUUGACUCGCCCCUGGCUGAUACAAGCUUCCUACAACCUAGGGGAUUCCCCCUUGGUCGACGCCCUACCAUGGUCCCUGGUAUGGCCCAUGCUAGGAGGAAGAACAAGGUCAGGCAGGAUAGACCACGCUCACUACCAUCUGAUCUCGAAGAGCUUAGAAAAGAACUUAACAAAUCAUCCCUGGGAAAGACGGACGAAACAACAGUGAAGAUCAAGCCAUUACCAGCAGACUUCCGCAUUCCGACCACAAAGAUCAACGGUAGGUUCUCAGAUACAGAGCCCAUGCCAGAAACCAAGAGUCUCUUCCCUCAAAGUGACAAGGAAGAUGAUCAAGAGCAACAAGCCAGUGCAGCAGGUGCAGCAUCGGAGGCAACAGAUGCACCCCAGUUAACCCGGAAGACCACCGCAAAAGGGGUCAGCGUAAAGUUCAAGGAUGAUGUUGUGAGCCCGAAGAAGGUAUCGGAUGACCAGCAAAGCGACGAGGUCGAUGGUGUGACCGGACAGGACGGUGGGGUCAAAGGUCAAGGGUCAAAUGACAGUGCAAGCGUUGUAAACACAAAUAACAAUGAGGACACUGAGAUUCCAAGCGAGCUGAAAGACUUGAUUGAGGUGGUAGAUGAUAUGUCAGUAUCUGAUGAGUUUGUGGUGGUAGAAAUGCUAAGUCCGGAUCAAACGGAUGGACCUGGAAGAUUAUUGAAACAGACAAAGAGAUCCGAAUCAACAUCUACGGUAGAUUCCAUUGACUCGGUCAGAUUAAGAAAACACAAGACCAAAGGUCGAUUCAAGAGAGGCGUCUCAUGUGCUGAUCUCGGACCAGGAGAAUGCGAAGGUCAACUCUGGAUAAAGAAACAAGAUAGGAUUGGACAGAAAUGGCACUCAAUGUGGUUUGUUCUCAAAGAGUUUGUUCUCUAUUACUACAAAGAUCAAAAGUCUGAUAAGGCGAAGGGUGUGAUCUGUCUGCCUGGGUUUCAAGUCAGUCUAUCACCGGAUAGUAGGAGAUCUUAUGCCUUCAAAUUAAAACAUCCUGGAAAUAUCAAGGAUAUCUUAUUAGCAGCCAAUGAUCCAAAGUGUCUUAAGAAUUGGAUGGAGAAAUUACAGCUAGCCACCAUCAUGCUCCAAGAUGAAACGAAAGUUAGACAAUCAACUAUCAUCACAGAGACCAUCCUGAAGAGAUUAGAUCUAGGUGGAUACCACAGCAGUGAAAGCACGGAUGAAGAAAGCCGCAAAGGAAGCUACGACCUUGCCCAGGAAUCUGGAGACUCUUCCGAUGCCAUGUCAAUAGGAACCAACAGCCAACCAGGAAGCAUCAACUCUAUGAGCCCAGGAGCUGCCGAAGCCAUAGAGUCUCUCAAAGGUGAGCCAUCCCCCAUCAGCAUCAUCAAGUACGACCAAACGACGUACCCUGCGGGGGCAAGGGAGAAGAGCAGGCGUCCCCAGGGGCACUUGUUUAUUCCCAGCAGCCCUCCAUCGUCGACGGACUCCACCCCGUCGUCGAGCCCUCAGGUGCAGCACAGGGGAUGUGCGCCAAGACUGUUGGGCAAAUCCUCAAAACCUCCUAAAGGGAUGCAGAAGGAGUAUGAUCUGUCUACCUGGGAGGUGGGGCAAGGAGGAAUACCCGGAUACACAGAGGUUGAUGAAGGCAAAAGAAAAACCGUCAAGGAAGAUAGAAAGGCAAAACAAAGUGAACAAUCUAGUAAAAAAGAUGAGUACGGGGAGGAGUGGGAGAAGAUCCGUGAUGUUCCAGUCCCAGUCCUUGGUCGAAGUAUUAGCUUUCGAGGAAAGAAGAAAGAGAGACCUACUCUUAGAGUGCCCAAACAGGAGAUGAGUGAAAAGUCUAAGAAAGUCUACCAGAAGAGAUUGCUUGAAAGAAAAUUAAAGGCAAAACAAGCAGAAUUGGAGAGUGUAGAGCUUCUCUUGGGCAAAGAGCAGGUGGUGUCAUCAACCGUUCUGAACGAAUGGAGAGAACAGCAUGACGAUAUCCUGAAGUCACUAGAUGGUCAGAGCAGAGACAAUUUGAGCAGUGAUUCAGACCCUGAUAGCACUGCCGACAUGCCAAUGUCAUCAUCCAUGUCGUCGAUAAACACCAACUCCACGACGACAUCAGCUCAUGAAAAUCCCGCGAUCCUGGGCGAAGACAUGACGACGGUCAGCGACGGGACGACGUCUGGCUGCGAUGUCCAAACACCCUCUAGUGAUGUUGCACCAACCAUCGGUGACAUGGUAGAGGAUACUCUCAAAUCAACCGAUGAUUCUUUGCAUCGAUCACCCACGAGAUUGGAAGCGGAUGCGACGACGAGAAAGACAGACUCAGGGACAUUGUGUGAUGAUGGUGAUUCUGCCUUUGCCAAGUCUGAGGACGUUGGUAUGGUGGCCAGUAGAACCAAGGACAGUGAAAGAUUAGCCACUGGACGAUCGGAGAGUGAAGCGUCUGAGACCAGUCUUUAAUGUCAUCCAAAGUUUCCUAGGACUCUUAUCAUAGAUAUAACCUCUACAUGGCUCCAUCCAAGCUCAGAGCUGUAUCAGUGAUGUUGCCUUUGGAAAAUGACAGUCACCGCAUCUCCUAUCAAAUCCUUGCCUGUUGUGUUGACUGUUGCGAUAUAGCCACUUUCUAGCAGCUAUCAUGGUGGGAUUGUAAAAUCCAAUACCAUUGAUAAUGUCACUGACAAUGUCAUAGAUUGUCUCCAUAGUGUAUCAUCCUUUUAGGAAUGCCUGCAUUUUACUUUUUAUAUGGUUUUAAUCUUACUUCAUGAAUGUAACCCUCUGUCUCCUGGAUCGAGGUUUGUCCCAAAGCUUGUACAAAGCUUACAGGGACUACAGAAUUCACUAGUCAAUAUAUGUUAAUGCAUAUCUGUUGCCUGUGCUGGGUGUCAGAGCAUCAUCAAAACAAGAGUCAAAUGGAUAAAGUUUAUGCCUAGUAGAGACCUUUUUUAAAGCUUGACGAUAUCUUAGAUUUCUGGAUUGAGCAGGUUCAAAUCAAAGUUAUAGCCAAAAUAUUUGAUAGUCUGCAUAAGAUGACUCACUUGAGCAAUAUCUGACCAGAUUUUGCAAAGCUUGUGUUCCCCCUCUUUUCAUUCAAAUUCCCCCCUAAGUCCAAGAAAAUUCAUAGCAUUUGUUGAAGUAGUUCCUCCAUGUCUUUCACCCAGAAUUUCUUGGUGACUGAUGAAUGAGCUCAUUGCUUUCAAGGAAUUCUUUCUUAUACUCCUACACAUCAACACUUAAAUGGAGCAUGGCAAAAGGUAUGUUUCGGUCUUGCCAAGGACCGUUAGUGCAGUGGCUGAACUCCAACCACAAUCCUUGUGAUUUGCAGUUGAUAAUGUGUCCAUCUGAUAUCCAAUCAGUUAAUUGGUAAGAUGUGCAUUUAAAGGCCCAUUUUAGACGUAUUUUAAGUAAAAAAAAAAUGAAAUUUUAAUUU